AUGGGCAGUGGGAGUGAGUCAGUGGUGAGGUUCUCAGUGUUUCUGAACGGUGUGUAUCCUCCAGCGGAUCUGAGUGGAGAUAUCGCGGUGUCCUACAGCUCAGCUACAGAGCUCAAUCCUGCAGGAAUCCCUCGAGUGUCCCAGUGUAAGUUCGUCCUGCCUCUCCGGUUAGUGUGUGUCCCGUCCUCAGCGCCCAAGAACGGCAAGUUCAAGAUCACCAUCGACACCAACAAACCUCCCAUCAGCCUCAGCGACGUCUUCCCAGAUUUCUCGGAGAAGUCGGAGAAUAAUGACAGUGCUUUAGGCUUCCAGUUCAUAACAGGCUCCAGAGUCAUCGUGCUCGCUUCUAAAACAUCCCAGCGCUACAGGAUCCAGAGCGAGAGCUUCGAGGACAUGUGGCUGGUGGUGAAGGAUCUGGUUCAGGGUCUCCAGAGGCACUCCAUCUCGGUCGGGGUCUCAGACUUCCAGAGCAGCUUCAGUGGGCCGGUGCCGCUCGCCGAGUACUUCCACACGCUCGACCAGCACUUCCAGCUCCGUGUGGAGGCACACCAGUAUCAGGAUCUGCUGUCGGAGCGAGCGGUCCAGUUCAGGGCCAUCCAGCGCCGGCUGCUGACCCGCUUUAAAGACAAGACCCCGGGGCCGCUGCACAACCUGGACACACUGAUGGAGGGAACCUACCGCCAGGUUCUAGCACUAGCAGAAGCCGCAGAAGACACCCGGGAGCGUUUAAACCAGGCGUUUGUGCGUUUGAGGAGCGCGACUCACCUGCUCAUCCUGUUGCUGUCUCUGUGGCAGAGACUGAACUCAGAGCAGAGCGACAUCCUGGAGGCCACACUACUGCCCCUGCUGACCGACACACCACAACUGGGCUGGGAGGAGAGUGUGGACGCAGCCGUCUCUCACCUGUUGAAGACGUGUCUGUCCCGCAGUGCUAAAGACCAGGCCCUGAGCCUGAGCACCGGCCCGCUCACGCUCCCGAAGGACACGGCCCGGCUCAAGAAGCACCUCACGCUGCUGUGUGACCGGCUGGGCAAGGGUGGCCGUCUCUCGCUCUCCUCAGAGGCCAACGCUCCUGCAGCACUCAUGAUGCCAGUGAGUUGCGAGUCCAUCCCUGAGCCGGUGGUUGAGCAGGAGGAAGAAGUGCUUCAGGACUCGACUCAGUUCAUCAAGAAGAAACAGCCGUCCAAGAGAGUCAAGAGCAAGUCAGAUUCAUCUAAAGAAUCGUCCAAAGAGAAGAAGGAGAAAGACUCUGGGAAAGAUUCCACAAAAGAACCCAAGAAAGACUCUGGGAAAGAGAAGGAGUCCAAGGUGUCUUCAAAAGAGUCCAGGAAAGAGUCGAAAGACCCGGCAAAGGAGUCCUCGAAGGAGAAGGAGUCGGCCCGAGAGAAAGACCCGGCAAAGGAGUCCUCGAAGGAGAAGACGAAGGUGUCCCGGAAGUCCUCAGUGAAGGUCAAAGAGAAGAAGUCGGAGGCAGGAGACGCUGAAUGAGUGUGUGUGUGUGUGUGUGUGUCCUCGUCCUCUACCAGCGCUGAUUUAUCUGUGACAAUCUCAACUCUACUGGCUUCUUCUUACAUUCCUUUUGAAUUGAGGAAGAAAACAAGAUGCAGAAUUAGAAUAUUUAUAAGGAACUUUGAUUAAAGUUGAAUGAAAUUCAAAUGGAUGUGUAGUUUUUAAUUACACGUUUAAUACCAUGCUGUCAUUUUACAGACAACAUAAGAAAACUACUGGCAUUCCUGUGCUGAACUCUGGUGCGAUUGCUCUGUUAGUGCGGAUCAAACCAAACUAGUGGACCGAGACCCUGAAAAGAUGCUCUCAAUCCACUUCCAGAUGAACUCUGGUACAGAACACGGACCAAAGCAUCUAAACCGACCCGAAACAGGACGUGAUGUCACGAGACGAGACUCUGAACAGGACAUGAUGUCACGAGACGAGACCCGAAACAGGACAUGAUGUCAUGAGACGAGACCCUAAACAGGACGUGAUGUCACGAGACCAUAAACAGGAAGUGAUGUCACGAGACCAUAAACAGGACGUGAUGUCACGAGAUGAGACCCUAAACAGGACGUGAUGUCACGAGACCAUAAACAGGACGUGAUGUCAAGAGAUGAGACCCUAAACAGAAUUUGAUGUCACAAGAUGAGACCCUAAACAGGACGUGAUGUCACAAGACGAGACCCUAAACAGGAUGUGAUGUCAUGAGACGAGACCCUAAACAGGACAUGAUGUCACGAGACGAGACCCUAAACAGGAAGUGAUGUCACGAGACGAGACCCUAAACAGGACGUGAUGUCACAAGACGAGACCCUAAACAGGACGUGAUGUCACGAGACGAGACCCUAAACAGGAUGUGAUGUCAUGAGACGAGACCCUAAACAGGAAGUGAUGUCACGAGACGAGACCCUAAACAGGACGUGAUGUCACAAGACGAGACCCUAAACAGGACGUGAUGUCACGAGACGAGACCCUAAACAGGACGUGAUGUCACGAGACCAUAAACAGGACGUGAUGUCACGAGACCAUAAACAGGAUGUGAUGUCAUGAGAUGAGACCCUAAACAGGACGUGAUGUCACGAGAGCAUAAACAGGACGUGAUGUCAAGAGAUGAGACCCUAAACAGAAUUUGAUGUCACAAGAUGAGACCCUAAACAGGACGUGAUGUCACAAGACGAGACCCUAAACAGGAUGUGAUGUCAUGAGACGAGACCCUAAACAGGACAUGAUGUCACGAGACGAGACCCUAAACAGGAAGUGAUGUCACGAGACGAGACCCUAAACAGGACGUGAUGUCACAAGACGAGACCCUAAACAGGACGUGAUGUCACGAGACGAGACCCUAAACAGGAUGUGAUGUCAUGAGACGAGACCCUAAACAGGACGUGAUGUCACGAGACGAGACCCUAAACAGGACUUGAUGUCACGAGACGAGACCCUAAACAGGACUUGAUGUCACAAGACGAGACCCUAAACAGGACGUGACGUCACGAGACGAGACCCUAAACAGGACGUGACGUCACGAGACGAGACCCUAAACAGGACGUGACGUCACGAGACGAGACCCUAAACAGGACUUGACGUCACGAGACGAGACCCUAAACAGGACGUGACGUCACGAGACGAGACCCUAAACAGGACGUGACGUCACGAGACGAGACCCUAAACAGGACGUGAUGUCACGAGACGAGACCCUAAACAGGACUUGAUGUCACAAGACGAGACCCUAAACAGGACGUGAUGUCACGAGACGAGAC